AUGAAGAAAACUGUUGAGGAGAUUGUUCCAAUUCUUGCUGAGCUCUCUGAAGAUGCUAAUCAAUGGCCUUUUGAGAGUAAUGAUAGAAGAAAAUCAGCUGGGGUUCAUCAAGUAGACUCUAACACAUCACUACAAGCCCAGCUAGACACCAUGGCCCGAGAAAUAAUAAAGUUAACACUCACGAAGAUACAGAGUGAGCCGCAAAAGCAGAGAAGAGAGAAGAUGGACAAACAAUUCGGGCACUUUCUAGAAGUGCUCAAGCAUCUGCUUGUGAAUAUACCUUUCACAGAGGUACUAUCACAGAUGCCAGCUUAUGCUAAAUUUUUGAAGAAGAUAUUGUUCAAAAAGCGAAAAGUGAAAGAGACAUCGGUUGUCAAGCUCACAAAGCAUUGUAGUGCCAUUCUGCAAAAUAAGCUCCCCCCAAAGUGUGGAGAUACAGGGAGUUUUACUAUAUCUUGCUCUUUAGGAAGUACUAAGUUUGAAAAAUCUUUGUGUGAUUCAGGUGCUUCUAUUAAUCUUAUGCCUUUGUCUAUUUUAAGAAAAUUAAAGAGAGAGAUUAGAGAAAUCAGGUCGAUACCUAUGUCCUUGCAGCUGGCGGAUCAGAUCACAAUCAUACGUGAAGGAAUAGUGGAAGAUGUGCUAGUUCGGAUGGAACAUUUUGUGUUCCUUGUGGACUUCAUUGUGGUGAACAUGGAGGAGAAUAGAGAGGUCCCUCUAAUUUUAGGAAGAACCUUCUUGGCUACUGGUAGAGCAAUUUUGGACAUUUAG